GCAGGAGGCUAGUCUCCCGACAUGGAGGCGGGGGGCCGCCGCUACCAGUUUCGGAUCGCGCUACUGGGGGACACGGCAGUGGGCAAGACGUCACUGCUGCGGCGCUACGUGGCGGGCGCGCUGGGGAUCCCGGAGCCCGAGCCGGAGCUCGAGUCGGUGCCCACGGUGGGCGUCGAGUUCUAUAGCCGCACUCUUCAGCUGCGGGCCGGGCCGCGCGUGAAGCUGCAGCUCUGGGACACGGCUGGCCAAGAGCGCUUCAGGUGCAUCACCAGGUCCUUUUACCGGAAUGUGGUGGGUGUCCUGCUGGUCUUUGAUGUGACAAACAGGAAGUCCUUUGAACACAUCCGAGAGUGGUACCAGGAGGUCAUGGCCUCUCAGGGUCCCAACAAGGCGAUCUUCCUGCUGGUUGGCCACAAGAAUGACCUGCAGAGCACCCGUUGUGUCUCAGCCCAGGAGGCGGAGGAGCUGGCUGCCUCCCUGGGCAUGAACUUCAUGGAGACCUCCGCGAAAAACAACUGCAAUGUGGACCUGGUCUUCAAUACCCUCACUGAUGCCAUCCAGCAGGCCCUGCAGCAGGAGGACAUCAAACUGGAGGAGGACUGGGGGGGUGUCCGGCUCAUCCAGAACACCCAAAUCCCCAGGCCCCCCAGCAGGAUGCAGCACCUGGGCCCAUGCAACUGUUGACUCUGGGAGGGAAAGGGUUAAAGCAGUGUCACCCUCAUAAGUGCUGGUGGGAUGGGGAGUGUUAGUAUCUCUCUGGAGGGCAACUGGCAGAAUCUAUCUGGAGGGUUAAUAUAAACAGUAUCCUGGCACGAUCCUGCCUCCUGGAUUUUGGGGUCUCAGAGCUCAGCCCCUUUCCACUAGAAAGGUCUAAGAGGCCACGUGUGCAGCUUCCUGUCCUUGAGCCUGCUUCCUCCAUGGUCAGAGGAGCUCAUAAAAGACCCCACCUCACAGGGGGUUGUGGGCAUGAAUGAAACAAUGGAUGGGCUAUGCUCAGCCAGAGCAGAGCCUCCCACACAGUGAGAAUCGAAUGGCAAGAACUGUCA